AUGUUCGGUCUAUCAGCUCCUCCGCCGAGAGGCCGAAACUACAACUCCCAUCAGGCCUCGCGGCCGGAGUCCUCCCCGCCCCCCUCCCUCUGCCGGCGGUCGGGCGGCGCGGCGCUUUUAUCCGCGGACCCGGCGGGAGGGAGCCAGAUCUUCAGGCUCUUCCCCGACGGGAGCGCGUCGCCUGGAGGCGGCAGUUCUGAGCCGGGUUCUGCCUCCGCGUCCGUGCCCACCGGGAAGCCCCGGGAGCCGAGGGACGUGCGGUGUCGCUGCGAAAGGAUGGGCAUCCGCGUCUUCAUCGCCUCCUCGUCCGGCUUCGUGGCUAUCAAAAAGAAGCAGCAGGAUGUGGUUCGGUUUCUGGAAGCCAACAAGAUAGAGUUUGAGGAGGUGGACAUCACCAUGUCAGAAGAACAGAGGCAAUGGAUGUACAAGAACAUCCCCCCCGAAAAGAAGCCAGCUCAGGGCAAUCCUCUGCCCCCUCAGAUCUUUAAUGGGGACCGUUACUGUGGGGACUAUGACAGCUUUUUCGAAUCAAAGGAAAGCAACACAGUCUUUUCAUUCUUGGGCCUGAAAUCGCAGCUGGCAUCAAAGGCAGAGCCUUAGGGAAAAAUCAGAGCUGAAGAAGAUGCAUUGUGAAGCACCUCCUGGUACUCAGCACACACCCUGCAUCCCUGAUCCCCCACAUGCACCAGGAGAGACUUUGCUGGCCAGGAGAAGGGUGUUUUGCAAGACCUGGGUGUGAUGGGGAUUGCUUUAAACAAAAUCAGAACCGUUGGGGGUUUCUUCUUCUUCUCAGAUUUACCUGUUCUUGCCUGCCUCACCUGGGGGCACGGUCACUUGUAAUGGCUGUGCUCCCUUAAUGACUGUGAAGAUAAGUGGGUGGGGUGAUGUCAAAGAAAGACUGUUGGUUCUGCCCUGGGGAAAAGGAGGUUUGAGAUUUGCUCAGACCCACUUCUCUAAGCUGCCUGGAUUUCAUCCUGGAAAUUAGUCUGCCAGGCAAGACUCUUAGAAUCUUCUAGUCAGAUAGAAAAAAUGAAAAAAUACGGGUUGAUUACAAGGUAUUGAAAAUUUUUACUGCAGGUCACAAAAGGCACAGUUCCACUGCUUUGUGCUAACACCUGUAGGAAAAUUAGAUGCUCUCUCCUCCUCUUUGUAAUGGAAAUUCUUAAAUCCUCCCAGCUCCUAUAGGUGUUUCCAAAAAUAUAAUGCAACAACGUGCCCACAACCAAGUUACAGGGAUGAAAAUGAUUGCGAUUUUGUAAAAUAUAUGCUUCUCUUGCAAGGGGAAAGUUUCACCUAAAUGCACAAGACUGCUUGAAAGAUAUAUUUUAAGAGGUGCACUAUUAGGUCAUUUAUGUCGGAAAAUUGAAUACUAUCCGAAGGCAUCUUCAGCUCUAGCGAUUUAUGCAUAUGUAAGUGCACAUUAUAUUUUUAAAUGCAGCUCCCCACACUAGCAGCAGCUUGUUCUAUUUUGUGAGGGGAUUAUAUUUUUGAGAAAGAUCUCAAUUAGCUAUAUUUUAUGCACCCUUGAUGAGGCAUAUUAAAAGAUACCAAUAGUGCUGUGUGAUGUAAACAUGUUUUCCUAUUUGUUUUCCUCAUAUUUCUGGUUCAUGUGCAGUCUCCACUUUGCUCAGAGUGGUGUGGGCACAUGCUCUUGUUCCAGCUGUGAACCCCUGAGUUUUCAGCAGCUUAUUCAGGAAAGGAGGGACAGAGGGCCCUCCAGAGAAUAACUCUGAGUCACUGUGGAAGGCAGCUUCAGAAUGUUCCUGGGAAGAGUGCCGUUGGUUUUCACUCCUUUUUCCCCAUGAGUUCGCCGACCCCUGUCGUAUUGGGCAUGCAAAAUCUCUACUCCCGUUGCAGUGGGUGUUGAUCAAAGCCGAUUAUGCUGACUCCUUUAAGGCAGAGGCUACUUAGCCCCCACAACAGGGAAACGUGCAUAUUUUAGCUUAUUUAAUUGCCAAAUGUGGGGAAAGCCUUGAGUAGCAUAAACUCUCCACGGGCUGCCUAAAAUAUUCUGCUAUCCCGAUUAAGAUUCUGAGCAGGAAGUUAAUAUGAAAUUGAAAGACCAGAAGAACUAAAGCCCUUUCUCAUCCCCUGGGAUUUGCUGAACGUGGACUGUUCUGAGGAACGCAGUGAAUAAUGAAGCUGACCUCUUACCUUGAGAUCUGUGGUCCACAACCAGAACACCUCACCCCAGAUUCCUGCUCAGCUGGAAAGGACGCAUGCUCCGCGAUCGAGGACUUUCUCUCCCAGGAAAGCUCUUGGCGAGUAUGGGCAUUACUAGGUAAUUGGCAAUGAAUAAGAUCCAGAUCAAAUUCCAUUUGGUAAAUCCAGGAACUGUCCAGGAAGGACUUGAUUUUUGAACUGGAUGUUGUAUGCAGUAUAUGAGUCUUCUGAUAAGGCUUAGACCUUUUUUUAACAAACAUGUUACAAUUAAAUAGCAUAUUUAGUCUACUCUUGCCAGUGAACACCAAGAACCAUGUAAGACUGAGACUUUGUGAGUUAAAUUCUGGGGGCUGUAGGAUCAACACCUCAUUUACAAAAGUAUCCAGAUUAUUUUGUUUUAUAGUUUUGCAUUAACCAUCCUAUCCCCAGCAAGAUUAUGUUGGACAAAUUAAGGGGUCAUAGAGCCAAAUUACUACCACAGUCACACAGGAGCCACUU